AGUAGCUGGGUUGCCCUUAGGAGAAAUCAGUGAGCGGUGGGGGCGGACUUAAGAGCAGAUGGAUUGUCUAGAACGCAACCCUGUUCCUGCGGGGAUCUGGAUGGGGUUCCAUGAGGCAUGGCUUCCACGGCUCUAGAUGUAGUGACCCAACACAGGAGAAUUCGUCUGCGCGAGACAGGGUGCUGUUCCCCGGGAUCCCUUCACACGAGACAGGUCCGAGUCGAGAUUCGGCCACUUUGGGGAAGCGUUCCAUUUUGGAUCCAGAGAGGAGGGUGUACCUCGAAGUCUCCGAACUGCACACAAACGUCUUGGAAGUGCACCUUCUCCCCUUUUUUUCUUUUUAAUGGACACCCAGCCCCAGCCUACACUCAAAAGUCCCCAACUGAGACACAUCAUUGGGUUACUACCAUGGACGGGGGACGCCCUUGGGCCUUCCUAUUCCUAGCCUGGGGUCCCAGCUCUGGGCUUGUGCAGAUGCAAACUGCAGAGCCCAUGAGGCCAACGUCAGCCUGAGAUAAGAAAGGAGUGGGGCAGCUGCCUAUCUCUCCCUGACCUAUGUGCUGGAAGAAAACAGCUCAAAGAUGAGAGUGAUUCGCGUGGGUACCCGCAAGAGCCAGCUGGCCCGCAUACAGACGGACAGUGUGGUGGCAACGCUGAAAACCUUAUACCCAGGCCUGCAGUUUGAAAUCAUUGCUAUGUCCACCACAGGGGACAAGAUUCUUGAUACUGCUCUCUCUAAGAUUGGAGAGAAGAGCCUGUUUACCAAGGAGCUGGAACACGCGCUGGAGAGGAAUGAAGUGGACCUGGUUGUUCACUCCCUGAAGGACCUGCCCACGGUGCUUCCUCCUGGCUUCACCAUUGGAGCCAUCUGCAAGCGGGAGAGCCCCUAUGAUGCUGUUGUCUUUCAUCCAAAAUUUGUUGGGAAGACCCUAGAAACCUUGCCAGAGAAGAGCGUGGUGGGAACUAGCUCCCUGCGGAGAGCGGCCCAGCUGCAGAGAAAGUUCCCACAUCUGGAGUUCAAGAGUAUUCGGGGAAACCUCAACACACGGCUUCGGAAGCUGGAUGAGCUGCAGGAGUUCAGUGCCAUCAUCCUGGCCGCAGCUGGCCUGCAGCGCAUGGGCUGGCAGAACCGGGUGGGGCAGAUCCUGCACCCUGAGGAGUGCAUGUAUGCUGUGGGUCAGGGGGCUCUGGGAGUGGAAGUUCGAGCCAAGGACCAGGACAUCUUGGAUCUGGUGGGUGUGUUGCAUGAUCCUGAGACUUUGCUUCGCUGCAUUGCUGAACGGGCCUUCCUGAGGCACCUGGAAGGAGGCUGCAGUGUGCCAGUGGCGGUGCAUACAGCUAUGAAGGAUGGGCAACUAUACCUGACUGGAGGAGUCUGGAGUCUGAAUGGCGCAGAUAGCAUGCAAGAGACCAUGCAGGCCACCAUCCAUGUCCCUGCCCAGCAUGAAGAUGGCCCUGAGGAUGAUCCACAGCUGGUGGGCAUCACUGCCCGGAACAUUCCACGACGAGCCCAGCUGGCUGCUGAGAGCCUGGGCAUCAGCCUGGCCACCUUGUUGCUGAACAAAGGAGCCAAGAACAUCUUGGAUGUUGCACGGCAGCUCAAUGAUGCCCACUAACUGGUCUGUGGGGCACAGGUGCCUGGGUUGCUGGUGCCCCGUGCCUACAUCCCAGCCCUCAGUGCCCCAUUCUCACUGCUACCUGGGGGGUGAUUACCCAGGGGAUUGAACUGCAGGGGCAGAGACUCAGAGACUUGUCUCAACUUGGGGCCUUGGUGAUGCCUUGUCUCCUCAGUAGGUGGAGGCUUAGUCUCUAAAGAAAAAACAUCUAACAAGCCACAGCCUUUGAAUGUAACCAACUCUACUAAUAAACUAGAUUUGAAGGUG